CGAGCGCUCAGGGGGCCAUAAAAGCUGCGGCCGCGCAGAGACACGGAGCUCGCCCACCGCCCGCUGCAGCUGCGACCACACCAUGCAUGUGAACGGCAAAGUGGCGCUGGUGACCGGCGCAGCGCAGGGAAUAGGCAGAGCCUUUGCAGAGGCGCUGCUGCACAAGGGCGCCAAGGUAGCGCUGGUGGAUUGGAAUCUUGAAGCAGGUAUGGAGUGUAAAGCUGCCCUAGACGAGCAGUUUGAACCUCAGAAGACUCUCUUCAUCAAGUGUGAUGUGGCUGACCAGGAACAACUGAGAGAUACUUUCAGAAAAGUCGUAGACCAUUUUGGAAGAUUGGACAUUUUGGUCAAUAAUGCUGGAGUGAAUAAUGAGAAAAACUGGGAAAAAACUCUGCAAAUUAAUUUGGUUUCUGUUAUCAGUGGAACCUAUCUUGGUUUGGAUUACAUGAGUAAGCAAAAUGGAGGUGAAGGUGGCAUCAUUAUCAAUAUGUCAUCUUUAGCAGGACUCAUGCCUGUUGCGCAGCAGCCUGUGUACUGUGCCUCCAAGCACGGCAUAAUUGGAUUCACACGUUCGGCAGCGAUGGCUGCUAACCUUAUGAACAGUGGUGUGAGACUGAACGCCAUUUGUCCAGGCUUUGUCAACACGCCCAUCCUUGAAUCCAUUGAAAAAGAAGAAAACAUGGGACAAUACAUAGAAUAUAAAGAUCACAUCAAAGACUUGAUGAAAUUCUAUGGAAUCUUGGACCCAUCAAUGAUUGCCAAUGGAUUACUAACACUCAUUGAAGACGAUGCUUUCAAUGGUGCUAUAAUGAAGAUCACAACUUCUAAAGGAAUUCAUUUUCAGGACUAUGACACAACUCCAUCUCAUGUCAAAACCCAAUGAACAUUUUAGUUAUCAGCCAUAAUUGAAAAUAAGUACAAAUGACUUACAUUMAGACCACAUCUUUAUUUGAAUAUAGCUUUUUAAAUGAAAUGUUAUAGUCUGAAGCUUUCCUUCACACAACAGAUGUUGUAUUUUUUCUAAAUGAUUAACUGAGUCUGUGGAUAAAAAUUUAUGAUAAACUAUUAAAAAGUACAAUUCAAACCAAAGCUAGGUUUUUAAACUGUAUAGUAUAAGUCAGGAUUAAAACAAAGGAUAUUCAAGGAAUAUUCUGCCUUCCAGAAAAUAUUAUUUAAAUCUGUGGUUCAUAAAUAUUAAAGUUUUUAGAAAAUCCUUUUAAAGGAGAUACUUGAAUUGUUAUAUAAAUCAAAACAGAUGCAAAAAAACUCAUUUUCUAUGUUUGCACUUCAAAAGCAGAAAGCUACUUAAUAAUGACAAAGGUUUAGUACUAGUAAUUUUUACUUACAUGCCAUCUUUAAGCUGAACAUAAUUUAGGAUGAGUAGUUAAGAAAUAAAUUUCAAUGUAACUAUAUCACAAAUUAAAAAUCUGAUGCAUGGAAAAAUGACAGAAAAUAAUUGAUGGAGAUUGUUGAUUCACAGUUCAGCCUGAAAUUGAGGGAAAACAUUUCUUUCCUCUUUGCAUACUUUAAGACCUUUGAUUAAUUCCAACAAAUCUCAGGAAAUGAAACAUUUAGCACUUAUAGUUAAAAAAAAUUAAACUUUUAUGUAAUAUAUGCUCUUUAAGAAAAUGCAAAUGUAAUUUUUUCAGAUUAGUUCUUUGUUGAUUUGUGAUAAUUUUAAAAGUGUCUAUCUUUCAAUAAUACUCCUUUACUCUUAUCUCCAUAAAUUAUCGCUCUUUUAUGUAUAGCUAUGAGGAGAUGAAACCAAUUUUGUUGCACCAAAAAUAUUUGUGUAUAUAUGAUGAAAUUCRCACCACCACAGAGGUGUAUUUGAAGUUUAUUAAAUACACCUGCUUUGGGCAAUACUCUUUACAAGCAGUGAUUAAUACUAAUAACUAUAAGARUACAAGAUUUCCAAAUCAGUCAUUUCCUCAAAGAAAUAUUGCACAAGUGACCCACUCUUCCUGCUAAAUCCAAAUUUGCCAGMUUGGAACAAAAUCCAUCCUUUUGAGAUUGAUGAAAAUUUCCAGGAGACAUGGGAAUGAUAUCAUACCCAGCUGUUUUAAUUUUGCCCUAGAGAAAUGUUGCCUUCACUUUUAAGAAGUUAUUUAAUAUGAAAAACUAGAGUUUCAGAUGAUGUAAUUUACAUACACCAAGAAAUGAACAUCAAUAAACAUCUGAUAAAUUGUCAUUAGACCCAAAUGUCCUUGCACAUUCUGGYAGAAACCAACCAGUGAAUGAUAGAGGUGUGUGCAGUA